AGACCAAAAAAAGGAAAGAGGGUUUGUGGACGGGGAAAGACCCGCUUCCUGCCCCGCCUCCGUCUGCGGGCAAGGGGCUUUUGUUGAUUCCAUGCACGCGCAGGAUCCGGCCCCUUCUGGGAUCUGGUCUCCAGGAUGUAGUGAAGUUGCACAGAGAACAGCACGGAUGUUUGUUUUUGCAGGAAAUCAGAGUUCGACCAGUUGAGGCACCCUUUUUGGCUUGAGAAAGAACUUGAUAGAAGAAAAAGAAGUUGAUCCUUUGGCUUAUUUGAUUGGUCUCUCGGGGCAAGGACAGACAAUGGAAGAGGGGGACUCAUCCAGCUCCAAAUCAUGGAAAGGUCGUCUUGGCUUUCAUGGUGGAAGUAGAAGGGAAUUCUGGGAAGGACCAGAGCGAAAAAUCCAGGCUAAAGAUGCCACUAGUUCAGAUGUCCAGUGCCAGCAAUUCAGGCGUUUCUGCUACAACGAUGCCCAGGGGCCCCGAGAGGUCUGCAGCCAACUCCACCAUCUUUGCAGUCGGUGGCUGAAGCCAGAGAGGCACAGCAAGAAGUUGAUGCUGGACCUGGUGAUCCUGGAGCAGUUCCUGGCUGUCCUGCCCCCGGAGAUGCAGAGCUGGGUGAGGGAAUGUGGACCGGAGACCAGUUCGCAGGCGGUGGCCUUGGCCGAAGGCUUCCUCCUUAGCGAGGUAGAGCAGAAGAAUCAGGAGCAGCAGAUGCUGGGGCUAUUGGAAAAGACCAGUAGCUUCCCAGAAGUGGAGAAGGAUCCGGGGGUUACCAGGCAGAAACUGCUGCAGAUGGGGAUCCAACAGACGAGGAACUCAGGAGAGGCAUCAAUGGGUCAUAAUGAAUUGUUUCCGGCAGCAUCCGUUAGAUCGUCUUUUCCUUGUGGUGAAAUGGAACACGUUUCUACACAUUUGGGCCAGGGGGGGAAAGAGUGUUAUUAUGAAAGCCAAAUGUUCCUUCUUUCAGGGGCCGGUAACCUUUGA